UCACAACCCAGACUCGACCCGAUUUACUAAUUUGUGCUAGGCCCCCUAUCUUCAUCGUCCAGGGUUCUCCUCUCUCUCUCUGUGACUCCUCCCGCCUCUUCGUCGGCCCUUCUUCCUCAAAGAAAUUUUCAGGCGGCCAGCUGAAUGUGAUUUCCCUACAUGUAACAUGCUCGUUGGGGCAUGUUGUCGUAUGAAUUCUGCUCUCCAACAGCUACUUUACUAUUCAGUCACUAUCUAGUGAACUCCAUCUAAUAGCUCCCUAUAGUAACAUGUUUUUUAAUAGAGCGGAAACUUGAUCUGGCUCGUCUCCUUUGAGUCUUCACAAGAAUGUCUUUUUCUAUUCUUUCUUGUCCGAGUGCAAACCCUGUGAAUGUGCCCAGCAUUGGUACCCGUCAUAAUAAACCAUCUGCGUGGAGAGGAUCCUUUGGGAGGAGAUGGGUCAUAAAUAAUAGGAUUCAAAAGCUAAACUGCCUUGAAGGUCAGGGGUUGUCCUUUGGUUCUUCCUUGCUCUCGUCCUACUCACUGUUUUCCUUCCACAGGAAGGGUAAACUUGUCACCCAUGCCACAGAUGAGGAAAAUAGCUUGGCAGAUUAUGUAGAUGAGGCUGAGAAAGAAGCAAGAAAGACAAGUACGCUUCCAGAUAGAUUCAGGAACUUAACUAAGGAAGCCCCUGAUCGUCCUGUUAGAUGGCCUUGGUUGAUCGCGGUCGUAUUUCUUCUUUAUGCUUGGCGAACUGUUCUCUGGGAACUUGCAAACUGGAAGAAGCUUGUGCUGAUCAUACCUCAGUUUUUGAAAUAUCUUUCCAAGUUAUUAUUGGCUUUCAUAUUCCAUUUCGCCGGUGACCUGAUCACUGGUAUUAUCUGGCUAGUUGAGACUGUCCUAUACACUCUUCGAUCAUUCUACUUCAGUAUAGUAGCUGCUGCUCCAGUACAGGAGCUGACCAUUGUCAUUUUAUUAACAUCAUCAGUACUUGCUAUUGCGGAAGCUGUAGUUCCAGAGUCCGUCAGUGGCCAGCCUUAUCUUCUAACAUUUGCUGGUUUUGUUGGUUUUGGAGCUGUUAAGGGAUUUCUUCCAGAGGUGAUAUUUUGGUUGCUUUUGGUGGGCAUGUUCUGUUUUUCACGCUUUGUUGGUAAGAGAGAUCUUGUCUCUGCAACCUUGCCAGUAGCAUCAUUGUUGGUUGCCAUUGGUCAGCCUUGGGUCAGGGCACUUGUAAUGCUUUCCUACACGGCUCUUGCUAUUACUCAGCAUUCCAGGUCAGUCCGCGGCAAAGAUGGUGUUGAAGAUCUUCCUGCCAUUGGAAGGCAGCCAAUCCCAUUGCUUAUUGCAGCUUUGGCUAUUGGGGUACAUAUAGCAGCAAAAUGGAUCCGUUACAGGCACUUGACUUGGAUGAUAGCCUAAUGGCUGAUAGCUUUGGAUUGUGGAGCAGGUUCCUGUGCUUGAAUGGUCAAUGUUCUUAGUUUGGAAGCCUUGGUCACAGCUGUAGUGUGUUGAGGAUUGCAUAUGGAAUUGUCUGUAGUUCGUGCCAUGGUUGAGGCGAUGUCUACUUGUAUAUUUUGAGAACUUUUUGCUUUUUUCAUGCUGAUGUCUGUAGCUAGGCAUUUGAAAAUUUAUCUUCCUUUUCGUUUUCUAAUGCCAGAACAUUAAUUGGUAGA